AUGGAAUGUAUAAAAGUCUUACAGGAUCCUGGUGAUUCGAGCAUUUUUCGAGUUUUUUUGACAAGUAUAAAAUGGUUAAAUAAUCAAUUUGGUUUAGGAAUUGAUGUUUCACAAACAUCUACUAUUUGCAGUAGUACAACUGGUAUUAAUUGUCAAGUUGCAGAUGAUGAUAAUGCUUAUCAUGUAGUUUCAAUAUAUAUUGGACAACAGACAGUAUUUGUAAAUAGUGGUGAACAAGUAGAUACAACAUUGAAAUCACUCAAUCUACCAUUUGUACAAAGUAUCACAGCCACUUUUUCAGGUCUUGUUCAAAACUUUAGUAUCAAUACACUUGAUAUGAUAUCUAAUAUGCCAAGACUAGAAUUUCUAACAUUAUCCAAUGACAAGACUAUUGAUAUAGUACCAACCAAUUUCCCAAAUAAUCUACCAUCUUUAAAAACAAUAACAUUUUAUUUAUUAUCAAAUCUAACAUCAAUACCAAACUUUUUCAACAAUUCAAUUUCAUUAAAUUCAAUUACAAUGUAUCAAAAUAAUAUUGAAUGGGUUGGUAUUGAUAAAAGUAUACGUCUACCAAAUAUAGCUUCCAUUUCAAUUCAAGUAAAAAAUUCAAAAAAUAUGACUUUAAUCAUUGAUCCAAUUUCCUUUCCUUCUCUUAAAUUAUUUGAAAUGACAUCAAAUGAUUUUAUUGGAACAAGUAAUAUUAGAAUAAUUAUAAAAGUAGCAUUGGAGAAUAUUGGAGCUUAUGCAUUUUCUGGUACAGGUUCAAUUAAUCCAACCAUUUCUUAUCCUUUAUCGCUAAGAGGGUUGUCGGUUGGUGGUAAAGGGAUGGAUUUUCAACCAAAUGAUUUGACACUUUAUAAAAAUCUGGAAACUUUACAAAUCUAUCAAACCAAUCUUACUAGUAUGCCAAUUUCAAGUUUUGGUAAAAUCACUAGUUUUAGAUUAUCAGAUUCAAAAUUACAACAAUUUCCAAAUAUUCCAUUCCCAAAUGGUAUGAAUGAUGUCAAUUAUCAAAAUAAUCAAAUGUCUGGUACAAUCCCAUCAGGAUUAUUAAUUAAUAAUCAAUUGGGUUUAUCACUUUCUUUAAUUGGUAAUCAAAAUAUUGUUGGAUCAGCACCAAAUGAUACAUGUUUUUUAAAUAGUUUUAGUAUUGAUAAUACUGGAAUUGAUUCAUUACCAGAUUGUUGGUGGUGUUUUUAUGAACAAGUUAUCAAUACCAAAUUAUCUACACAAUUGACCAAACCAAUUGGAUUUGAAUGUUUGGCGAUAAAGAUUGAUCAAUUAAAUUUAAAUAGUAUUGGUGGUGUAUUUACCAUUUCAGGUUCAAACAUUGGAUGGAAUAUAAAUUCUGGUGGAAGACGAUUAAUUGAACCAAAUCGAAAAAUUGAAUUUCAAAUGGAUCUCUCCCUUGGAACAAAACAACAAAGAUUAAUCAAUCUAAUCAAUCCACCACCAACAUCUGCUUAUUCAUUUAAUUUUAUAGUGACAGAAGUUGGAUUCAAUGUUGAAUCUGUAAAAAUUAUUAAUCAAAAUUUGGCAAUUUUAGAAUUAAAUUGUACAUUUGAAAUGAUAAAUCCAGAUUUUUUACCAACCGUCAUUUAUACAUCUCAAGAUCAUGUACCUUGUGAUAUUAUAAAUUACAACAAUUCAACAAAAAGUUUAAAUUGUCUUUUACGUACUCUACCAAUAAUCGGACAACAACAAAUUAUUUUUAAAAAUCAAUUUUUUAAUCAAUCUUUUAUGUUUAUUUAUAAUAGAGAUCCAAUUAUAACAUCAUUAUUAAUGGAACCAAAUUAUUAUCCACCAACUUUUUUAAAUUUAUAUGGUUAUUUUGGAAAUACAACUGGUGCAAGUGUUAUAUUACAAUUGAGGGAAUUUACAUUUUGUAAUAUUACCAUUGCAAGUAAAGAAUAUAUUAAAUGUAGAUUCUAUACAUUACCAGAACCUGGUCCACAAACCCUCUAUUUUGCCUCCAAUCAAGGAUAUUUCAAAUCAGAUUCAAUCUUGUCUAUUCCAUUUCCUCUACCAACCUUUACAGAUUGUAUGAAUCGUACAAAUAAUUGUAAUGGUCAUGGUGUUUGUAUAAAUGGAAUAUGUCAGUGUGACGUUGGUUAUUUUGAUGAUUGCAAAUUAAAGGAAAAUGAUGGUUUCAAUGGACAAUUUCAAUCAAAUAAUACAGAUCCAACAAGUAAUUUAAAAUAUGGAGAUUAUUUAUUUUCAUUUUCAAUUAUUGGUAUUCAAGAAAUGGAUUUGGAUAAUAAUAUUACAAGAGAAUUGGUUGCAAAAACGUGGGAUGUAGAGGACAAUAGUAGUGGUGACCUAACAAUGAUUCAAUAUAAAUUGACAAAUCAUUUACACAAUAUUACAAAUGGUUCGACACCAUUUACAAAAGAUGCAGAUUAUUCAAAUCUAAAUCUAACAACCACCAUAGAAUUUUCAAAUCAAUCAAGAACCAUUGAAUUUGGUGGAGAUGAAAUAGUUUUGGCAAGUGGUGCCAUUAAAAUUGGUGUAAAUGUUACCAAUUGGCCUUACAUGUCUGUCAUGACAAGACUGAGAUUAGUCUUUUCAACAACCAUCAAUAAUCAACAAAUGAUUGUUGGUUGUGAUAAUUCAAGUUAUUCAAUAGAAUCUUUACAAAACUUUGCAGAUCGUGAUUCAAUUCAAUAUCUUCGAGUUUUAAAAGACAAUGUUCAAUUCUUUGGUAGAUUCUUGGAUUAUAGUUUAUCAGAUGGUAGAAAAACCUAUAGUAAAACUGAAGUUUUAAAUAUCACCAGAAUCAAUGAUGAAGAAUCAAAUGUGAUUAUUGGUAUUAAUAUUGGACAAUGUAAGAUUUGUUUAAUGGAUCCAGAUUUUAGUGCACUUUUAAUUGAUCAUAAAAGUUUUGGUCAAUGCAACGAUGAAUCAAAAAAUGAUAAUUGGAAAUUAAUUGUUGGUGUUGUAGUUGGUACUGUUGGUGGUACUUGUCUAAUCAUCAUAUCAAUAUUAUUUAUUAAAUCAAACAAAUAUUAUUUUAUUCAUCGUGCUAAACGUAGAUUAUCAAUUUCAUUGAAAAAAAAAAGAAAUAGAAAAAGAAAAAGAAAAAGAAAGAGAAAAAGAAUAACUGCAAUUGCAUUACCAGGUGUAAUAAAAAGUAUUCAAUGGGUUAUACAACAAUACCAAUCAACGAUAGGACUUGAUCAAACAUCUAUUUGUAGUAGUGGUCAAGUUAAAUGUACAAAUUAUCAAGAUGUUGAUAUAUAUAUUCAAUCAGUUUAUGUAAAUUCAGGAGCACCACCAAACAUUGAUACAUUUGAAUUUCCAAAUCUAUUAACUUUUACACUUUCAACAUCUGGUGCACCUUUUUAUUCCAAUUCAUUUGAUAUCUUGUCAAAGAUGAAAGGAUUACCAUUGGUAGAAUCAAUCAAGCUUAUUGGUGAUAAUACGAUAAAAUCGAUUCCAAUUGAUUUUACAGCUGGGAAACCUCUACUUAGAAAACUUUGGAUAAGUUCAGUCAAUUUAGUUUCAGCAGGAAAUAUUUUUAGUCACAACCUACUAAAUGAAAUCAACUUUUCAAUCACUAGUCUUAACAGUGUAAGGUUCAACACUACAGUAUACAUGCCAGAUCUUAAAACUCUAAUUCUAGACAUUAAAUGCGACUAUGCUUCCAAUUGGGAAAUUUCAUCUUCUUCUUUUCCAACUUUAUAUUCAUUAAUAAUAAGUGCUAGUUCAACAUGUAAUCAACCAAUCAUUGUAAAUGUGACAGCACCAUUACGAUUAAUUGAGUGUUCAAAUCAACCUGUUGGUUCUCCAACAGGUUAUAUUAAAAUGAUCAUUCAACACCCUCUCAAUGUUACAUCUCUUGGCGUUGGAGGUUAUUAUUCUACAUUGCCUGAUCUAACCAUUUUUCCAAACAUAAAUUCUUUUUAUAUGUCAAAUAGUCAAAUAUCAGAUAUCUCAUCAAUCAAAUAUCCCUUAGGUCUAAUGCAAUUUCAACUUUCAUACUCUAAAAUUAUGACAAUACCAAAUGUACCACUACCAAAAACAUUAACAUCAUUUGAUAUGAGUUCAAACCUUCUUACAUCAACUGUUCCUGCCAUCUUGAUGGACAAUAACCCAUCAACUUAUAUUACAUUUGGAAACAACUUAGGCCUUACUGGAUCCAUUCCAGAAUCAUUUUGUUCAGCUCGGUUUUUAUCCAUCCCACAAACUGGUAUAACAACUGUUCCAAAUUGUUUUUGGUGUUAUACUGGAAAUCUUUUAUCAGAUUUAACAAAACCAAAUAAUAUUGAUUGUCAACCAAUAAUUGAUAAUUUCAAUUUAAUAUCAUUAAUUGGUGGAUAUGAAGUCAGAGGUCAACUACUAGGAUGGGGAAAAGAUAUUCCCAAUAUGAUAUUAGCAAUCCAACCAAAUAAGAUUUUAAGAUUCACAAUGGAUCUUGCAAAUGGAAUGAAUCAAAAUAUUACAAUCAAAUUUUCACCAACUUCUCCAAGUUUUGUAUUUUUCGUUCAAGAAUCCUAUUUUAUAGUUCAAGAUAUUAAAAAUAUUCAACAAACUGUUAAUUAUCUAAGUCUCAAUAUUACAUUUGCUACGGUAAACCCAGAAUUGAUGCCAAGAAUAUCAGUUGGUGGUUCAGUUUGUGAAUUGAUUAAAUUCUAUCCAGUAGAAAAAGUCAUUCAAUGUGCUGCUACUUUUUCAUCCUAUAAUAAUAAUAAUACCAUUUAUUUUACAAAUGAUUAUUAUAAUUUUACUACUACUUAUAACAAAGCAACCUAUGUUGAAACAAUUUCACUUGAACCUUUAAUAUAUCCACCAAAAUAUUUAAUUUUAAAUGGUUAUUUUGGUACUGGAUUAUCACUUGGAUACAUUUCAAUUAGAAAUGGAACAUUGCCAAGUUUUGGUUGUACCAUUUUAAAUGGUACAUUGUAUUAUAUAAAAUGUGAAUUUCCAAAUCAACCACCAUCAGGUCAAACCGUAUUAAAUGUAGAUGUACCAAAUGGUCUUUAUCAAACAUCCAUUUCAAUUCCAUUUGCACAACCAACAAAUGAUGAUUGUAUGAAUCGUACAAAUAAUUGUAAUAAUCAUGGUACUUGCGUAAAUGGUCAAUGUGUUUGUGAUCCUGGUUAUUUUGAUAAUUGUAAAUUAAAAACUGAUCCAAAUAUAGAAAUUGAACCAAAUAAUCAAGAACCAUCAUUUUCAUUUAAAGAUUAUUCAUUUUCAUUUAAAAUGAUAGCAAUUCAAGAAUUGGAUAUUGAAAAUAAUGUUGUUAGAAAUUUGAAUACAACCAAAUGGAAUGUUAGUGAAAGUCAAAAGAUUGAUUAUUCAUCGAUCAAUUACUUUUUGACCAAUCAUUUAAAUAAUAGUCAAGAAGGAUUUAUACCACAAUUGAUCAAUACCAAUGUAACUUCGAUUUUUGAAAUUUCAAAUCAAUCUAGAACCAUAAAGUUUGGUGGACAAUCCAUUCAAUUGGCAAGUGGAUCAAUCAAAAUUAGUGUAAAUGUUACCAAUUGGCCUUUUACAUCUGUACUGACUAGGUUGCGUGUAGUAUUCUCUACCAUUGUUAAUAAUCAACAAGCUAUUGUUGGUUGUGAUGAUUCUGUCAAUCAAAUUGAAUCGUUUCAACAAUUUACAGAUUCAGAUUCCAUUCAAUACUUAAGAGUUGUAAAAAAUAAUACUCAAUUCUUUGGUCGAUUCUUGGAUUAUAGUGUAGCAGAUGGUAGAAAUACUUAUAGCAAGGCUGAAGUUUUAAAUAUCACCAAAAUCGAUAACCAAGAAUCACAAGCUAUUCUUGGUAUUAAUAUUGGUCAAUGUCGUACUUGUCUUUUAGAUCCAGAUUUUUCUGCUUUACUAAUUGACCGUCAAAGCUAUGGUCAAGAUUGUACAUCCAACAGUCCAGAUAAUAAUUGGAAGAUUAUUGUUGGUGUUGUAGUUGGUGCUGUUGGUGCUGCCAUUUUAAUUGCUGUUGCCAUUUUUAUAAAACAAAAUCGUUAUUUCUUCCUAAGAAGAAAUAAUGAAACUAAAAUUGAAAUGAAUUAA